AUGCCACCGAAAUCUGGGGCAGGAGACAAGAAGAAGCAAGAGGCGGAGGAGUUUGAGCUGCAAGAAAAGCUUAAGCAAGCUGCUGCACGCAUUGAAUCUUUGGAACGAGAGAUUCUAAUGAAGACAGAGGAAAACGCACGAUUAAUAUCUGAAAUAAGGAUAUUUGAAGCUCAGGUGAAACAGCUCUCCUCGGACAUAGAGCGUGAGCGUGCAGACAGACACGACGUUGCUGUAGACAUGACUCGUCAGUUUAAAAGCAUGCAGGACGAGCUUCUUAAGGACAUUAUCGAUAGGGAAAGGGGGAUAGAAGUUGUCCGUGCGCAAAAUGCCAAGGAGAAGAUUCAGUUAGAGUCGGACCUACGAGAGCGGGACGAGCUUAUCCAGCGUAAGGAUAAUGAGAUACUAGACCUGAAAAACAGACUUGAUCAGCUGAGCAGAGAGUUCUCUGCCAUUCUUCGAGAGACUCUGGAUACCAUUUCUGAAAAGAUUGAAAAUAGAACCGAUGAGCUAAACUUGCAGUGA